AUGAUCGACUGGGUGGUAAACAAAAAGCCGGUGAUUAGGCAGAAGCAGAUUGCGCUCCAGGCCGAGCAGGGCAAGAACCUCGUAUACCUCCGUGGUGCCCGCUCAAAGGUCUACUUUACUCUUCCCUCUCUUCUCGCCCCAUGUCUAUUGUUCACGCUAUCCCGCUUCUUUAUCGCGCCUUACCCCGAUGACUCCCUGCUAUACAUGCUUCCGGCCCACUCGCUCGCCCUCGCUCUUGCGAAUCGCUGCUAUUUCGCCUCCACCCAAACAGGCGCGUACAUGGUCCUCUGGUCAGCUGCGUUCCUCGGAUCAGGCUUCCAGCUCAUUCAAUACGCUCGGGUGAGUCUUGCGCCUGCAGCAACUUGUCUUUUUCUCGCAUAG